AUGGUAGGACAUAUUGAUGAGAAUGAGUUAAGAAUAAAAUUACAAAGAGAAUCCAAAGAUAAACAAGGAAAGGUAGAACCAAAAGAUAUCGAUAAAUUAUUUAAUAUAAUAACAGAAAUUAACAGAGAAAGAAGAAUAUUCACUGAUUUACCUGAACCACUAAGUAUUCUGGCAUAUAAUAUGCUUUAUAAGCAAAUGUAUAAUAGAAUUAAAUUUAAGCAAUAUACUGAUGAUUAUAUUGUAUCAAAAAUGAAUGACUGUAUAAAACAUAUAGACUUAAUUAUAGAUAUAAUUAUGAAUGUGGCAGAAGAAUUAGAGAGUGACGAUCAAAAACAUGCAUUUUAUAGAUUGGUAGGGAAUAAUCAUAUGAUUAUGGCACAAGUAUAUAAAUUUAAAUGGGAUUUCUUCAUUCUUUCCAUUAAUAUACUGUGUAAGAAAGCCGGCAUACAAAAAUUAAAUGGUAAAAUAACUUCAGAAGAUGCCAUGGUUAAGCUAUGUGGGUUAACUGACUCAGGAGAGUGCUCUAGAUUACAGAGAGUGCUAGAUAUAUUAAUAAAACAUGGCGAUAAUCUAACAAUAACAGAUGAGAAUGGGAUAGAACAAUCAAAUAUAAGUAAUUUAGGAUUGACUGAAGAUGAUAUUUAUUCAUUAUAUUUACUCGCAAGAACAUAUAGAUGGAAUAAUGUUGAUUUUAAUAAGUUUUUAAAUGAUUCAAUUUAUAAUUCAAUUUAUGCUGAAGAUAAUGAGCAUUCUUUAAAUUAUUCUAUUAGUGGUUUAUAUAAAACAGUAUUUGAUAUGUCUGAAAGUAAUGGUAUAUCAAAUAUUGAAUCAUAUAAAAUGAGAAUAUAG